GCCUUAGCUGGAGCUUAAAAAGACCCGCGCAAAGUCCAAACUCAACUCAAACUGCAAUCGACAGUCUCCAAGUCAAGAUGAAAUUCUUUCUACUCUUGUCGGCCAUCGCCAUUUCAUUUUCUCUCUGCUCCGGAGCACCUCAAAUAUCGUUCCAGCCUCAGGCACCGGUCGACGGCCCAGUGUUGAUUAACAGACCGUUGAUGGCGUUGAUGGCCGAUCUUUUUUCGGUCGAAGAUUUCGAUCCGAUUAGCCUCGAGGACGUCGAUUCGUCCGAAGAGGUCCAGGUGCCGCUGACCCUGGAGCAGAUUCGAACCAAAUUGAUGAGAGACCUGGGCGAGCUGGAGCGUGACAUUGAAGAGGACAUUUUCGAAAACGAUUUCCUCGACGUCCAGUCGUCCCUUUUCAAGUUGAACAACAAAGUCUGGCCGAAAUUGGUGGCCGUCAGCGAUAAAAUCUAUUACCAAGUUCUCCUGGCCAACGACACGGAAGCCCUGGAACGAGAGCACUGGAUCCGCACUGGACUUAAACGUGACGUCUCCCGAAUGCGCUUCAAGACCGGAACUCGCAAAUGUCCAUCAUCGGAUGAAUCGUAUUUCGCGCCAACCAAACGUUGCGUCAUCGUCGAAUCGACCGAGGUUGAACUCAAUCCCUGCGCCUCCAAGAAAGACAUGCUCCUCUACGACGGGAUGGACAACCGGGCCGUCUGCGACUGCAUGGACGACGAACGCCAGUUGGUCUUCACCGAAGUGGACGGCCUGUGCCACCCGCAGAACCAGCAGGGACCCUGCCAAAACGGCUCCUGGUUGGUCAUGUCCGGAGAAGGUAAAAUCGUUUGCGAGCAGAUGCCCGUCGACUGCCCGGCCGAUGGCCAGCACGUCUACUGGAGUCACGAUCCUCUGGUUGCCAAACCCCAGUGCUUCCAACUGGGAGUCCGAGGACCCUGCGCCGAAGGGCAAGUGCUGGGACGCAACUUUCCGGGAGCCGUCGACUGCGUCCUCCCAACCAGACCAAAACCGCUGGUCCAGCUGCGCACCAAGUGUCCGCUGGGAAGCUUCCGAGGACAAAAUCAACAAUGUCCCGUUUAAAAAUCAUCAAUUUCUGUUUGUUUUUGUCCCGUUUGAAUUCAUUAAUUAUUAAGCCCAUGAUUAACUUGUUUUCUCGUUCUUUUUAAUGUUUGGUUGGUUUGUUCAUUAUUAUCCGCCAGCACUUUAUGUAGGUGUAAUUUGUAUAAUUGGCUAUAUCUCAUUAAUAAGGUUUAAAUACAAAACAGGCCAGGCAA